CCAAUAUUUGGCAACCCUGCCUAUAAUAAACUCUACUUGCAACUCAUCCAGACCUCAGCAGUAAAGAAUUUGUGAGAAGGACAAUGGCACCAAAGAUUUUCAUCACUGGCAUCACUGGCUACAUUGCUGGCGAUGCCUUCUACGCUAUUCACAAGGCACACCCAGACUACGAAUACUCGGCACUGAUCCGCACGGAGGAGAAGGCUGGCAAAGUGAGAGCUUCGUAUCCGGAUGUGCGCGUGGUGAUCGGCGGGCUCGACGACAGUAGUAUCAUCGAAGAAGAAUCUGCAAAAGCCGAUAUUGUUCUUCAUGCUGCGGAUGCUUCCGACCACGAGGGCGCCGCAAAAGCUAUCGAAGCCGGUAUCCUGAAAGGCCACAGCGCCGAAAGGCCCGGUUUCUGGCUACAUACAGGCGGCACAGGUAUCCUCACCUAUUUCGACUCCAGCAAAGAGCGCUUCGGCGAGGAGCCGGAUCGCGAGUUCAAUGAUUGGUCUGGCGUCAAAGAACUCACGACACUUCCAGACGACGCUUUCCAUCGUAAUGUGGACAAAAUUGUGCUUGAAGCAGGGACGAAGCAUGCGGACGUGAUCAAGACUGCUCUGGUAGUAGUAAUGCAACAAAGACCAAUGGUUGGAUUUUCAGCGUCCUCGUCACGUCUGCGCUGCAAAUGACUCUCCCACCAUCUCCCGAGCAUUAUCCCUCUUCCCCAACGAGUAACACGUUGCUCUCAGUGCCAUUGUGUUCAAGGUUCUUACCGAACCCUAAUCAUCGGUUGUGCCCACGCGCCGUUC